AUGGCUCGACCGCCAGACAUCAUCGUGAACCGCGCAGUGCCCCUCCCUGACGGGAAGCAGACCUCAAUAUCGGACUUUCCUGAGACACCUGUCGAGACGCGUCACUUUGGGCCGGCUCCUUCUGGACGCGUCCUUCGACGACACAAGACUAAGAAACGCGUUCAACUCACAAAUGGUAAUCUCGUCGUCGAACUGCCUGUUCCUCCGAAGCUUGUCUUGCCGCGCAAGGGCGACACCGAAGUGAUGGAGGCGCGCUAUACUGCCGUCACCUGCGACCCUGACGAAUUUGAGGGGAGCGGAUUCUUUCUGCGGCAAAACGAGAGCGGGAGACGCACUGAGCUCUUUAUUUGUAUCACUAUGUAUAAUGAAGACGAAGUGUUAUUCUGCAGAACCAUGUAUGGCGUCAUGCGCAACAUCUCUCACCUGUGCUCGCGCAAAAACUCCCAGACUUGGGGAGUCAAUGCUUGGAAGAAGGUGGUAGUCUGCAUAGUGUCUGAUGGUCGCAAGAAGAUACACCCCCGGGUGCUCGAUUGCCUUACCCUGCUCGGCGUAUAUCAGCCCGGAGGGCACAUGAAGAACAUGGUCAAUAACAAAGCGGUCACCGCGCAUUUAUUCGAGUAUACGACCUCCUUCGCCUUGGAUCCUAAUCUACACUUCCAGUAUCCAGACAAGGGCAUUGUGCCGACGCAGAUCAUCUUUUGUAUGAAAGAGAAGAACCAAAAGAAAAUCAACAGCCAUCGAUGGUUCUUCAACGCUUUCAGUUCCAUGCUACAACCCAAUGUAUGCGUCCUUCUCGACGUGGGGACCAGGCCUAGCAAUAAGAGCAUAUACCAUCUUUGGAAGACGUUCGAUCUUAAUUCAAACGUUGCUGGAGCAUGUGGGGAAAUUGCGGCAUAUAAGGGUAAAAAUUGGAUCGCAUUAUUGAAUCCUUUAGUCGCUGCGCAAAAUUUUGAAUACAAGAUCAGCAAUAUACUCGAUAAGCCUACGGAAAGUCUCUUCGGGUACAUCAGUGUGUUGCCCGGUGCUUUCUCCGCUUACAGAUACAUUGCACUGCAAAAUGACAAGAAUGGGCUGGGGCCCUUGGCCUCUUAUUUCAAGGGAGAGGUUCUUCAUGGUCGAGAUACCGAUAUCUUCACUUCGAACAUGUAUCUUGCGGAGGAUCGUAUUUUGUGUUUUGAAUUGGUCGCGAAAGCCAAUUCAAGCUGGGUGCUUCGCUACGUCAAGAGCGCUGUUGGCGAGACCGAUGUCCCUGAUGACCUACCAGAAUUUAUCAGUCAACGCCGUCGAUGGCUAAAUGGCUCUUUCUUCGCUGCAACUUACGCCAUCGCACAUGUCGGACAGAUGAUGCGUUCGGGGCAUAGCUUUGGUCGCAAGGUAGCGCUGCUCGCCCAGGUUGCCUAUAAUAUUCUGAAUUUGGUCUCCUCGUGGUUUGCCAUCGGCAACUUCUACUUGUUCUUUGUCAUCCUCACCUCAUCCUUGGAAAGCCCCGAGUUUAAAAUGAAGGGCAUCCGGUACUUCAACUCCAUUAUCCAGUAUACUUUGGCCUCAAUCGUCAUUGCGUGCUUCCUAUUUUCGAUGGGAAAUAAGCCUCGAGCAGCUCAUUGGAAAUAUAAACUCAUCGCCAUAUCCCUUGCGAUCCUAAUGGUGUACCUCAUCUUCGCGGCUGUAAAAUGCUCUAUCAUGGCAGCAUCACAAGGUGGUGGAGCUUACCAGAUCAUGCUAUUCAGCAUUAUUGUCACCUAUGGAGUCUACACUUUCUCCAGCCUUUUUGCGUUUGACCCGUGGCAUUUAUUGACUAGCUUCUUGCCGUACAUGCUCCUGUCGCCGUCAUACAUCAACAUUCUCAACAUCUACGCAUUCUCCAAUCUCGAUGAUAUAUCUUGGGGAACGAAGGAGGAUAAUACACCUGACAGCGACCUCGGCGCCGUCAUCCAAGACUCUCACUCGCAGGUCGACGUCGAGAUGCUCGCUGAGGCAGCCGACGCGAACGACAUGUACGAAGAGGCGCUGUCGAACUUGAAGCAUCGCACGCCAGUCUCGCGCAGCAAGGCUGGUCCGUCGAAUGCCGAAAAGGAGCAGGCAGCGAAAGAUUACUAUGCCGGCGUGCGUACCAAUGUCCUCCUUGCCUGGGUACUAUCGAAUGGUUUGUUGCUGGCAGGAAUUCUCGGUGGAGGUCAAUCGACCGAGACGUUCAAACCUGGCGGUGGUCUUACUGCUGCCAAAGCAUAUAUGACAUUUGUUCUUGCAUUCGUCGGGAUCACCAGCAUCAUCCGUUUCACAGGGUCGACGUUGUACCUCGUCGCCCGUGUAUUCACCGGGUAG